CAAAGUGGGUAUCAUGAUACCAUUGGCAAUACCUACCAAUAGUAGUUGAUUGGUCGACGUGCAUCAUGUACUUAUUGCAAGGUUCUCGGUCAAUGUGCACGUAGUGUCUGCGGUAGUGGAGUUGUUGGGACAACAACUGAUGCACAUGAGGCUGUUUUGUCGAGCAUUUGGUUCAUUCUGCCCUGGGGACAGGCGCGCGUAGCAAAUUGUUACUGGCAAUAGGGCUACCGAAGUGGAGGUUUGGGGGCUUUGAGUGAGUGCUCAGCGUUGGCAACUCCCAGGCAACCCAACCAGUUUCAUACAGCUGACCCUUUCACCUGUUCGACGCGCUUACGGUGGCGAGGGAGCGACAUCCUUCCAGUUAGCAAACGCUCACCUAGAGCUCACGUGACGAGUCGACACUGAGACGAUGCGCUUCUUCCGCAGCUCCAAGCGGCCGCCGCACGGGCUCAACGCCAAGCUGCCGCCCCCGCCAGCUUCUCUACAGAGCUCCACCGGCCCGAAGGAGACGACCAUCACAUAUACUGGCGGUGCUUUGUGUGUGACGCUGCAGCGUGCCAAGUCCAGAUUUUUAGAGGAGGAGGGGCCUAUGCGACUCGUUUGGCCCAAGGACCAGCGACUAGGAAUCACGUUCAUCGAGAUGCCUCAAGGUGGUGUGGCUGUCAAGGACGUACCCGGCAUGCGGUGCGAUGUGUCUCCAGGUCAAGAGCUCACCAGAGUGAACAAGGUUUCCGUUAGCGGGAAGAGUUUUCAGGAAGUGAUGGAGCUGCUGCAAAAUGCUCAGUCUCCCUGUGUACUCGACUUUUCCCCGCCCCCGUCACCUAUCCUAGUGUCCGAAGUUCUUGGGCCGGCAAGACUGCUCGGUGUACGGAAGGGCAUGGUGCUGAGGUCGGUGGACGGCUCAAGUAUGGUCGGAGCUAACCUUUGUGACGUCGGCUCUGCGCUUCAUGGUGCCAGUGAUUCCGCUCCGGUUCGUCUUACGUUCACACCCUACGAUAAUGUAGUCCACCUCCGCAACCGGUCCUCUAGUCUUGCAGAAUCACCACAGAAACCCCGUGCAUCGUUUCGGAAUACGCUCGGCAUUGGUGCUGUGCUCGCAGCUUUAUCUCUCUGAUCAUCACGAAUUCUGCAUUCCAAAAACGUUGGAAGUAAACUGUGUGCGACGACGUAGGUAUCGUCCCUCUGGCAAUUAGUUACUCAUGAAACGUAGUUUUUUUUUACCUUCUUGGAGGUAUCAAAGCAAUUUAGCAUGCGCACAAUCCGCAAUCAUGGCAGUGUAGUAAUACGCUGUGAAAACAAAACAAAGUUUUUACGUUGCUGGGGAGUCACUGGUGGCAACCCCUCUAUUCAAUACUUCACAAGUACAAUUCACAGGCAAAAACGCCAUAUCAUGCUGAAGUAACAUUGUCC